UGGUGCAAAACAAGGUCAAGAAAUCAUUCAGAUUGAAUUUUUAUUCUGAUCAGAGAUCAUGUCAUCUAUAGCAAACCCCACAUUCACUAUCAGACAUGCAUUUUAUUCUACCACAGGUAUAAAAAAGCUCAACCUUACAUGCUCAAACCUUCAUCAUGCUACAUAAUGGCCUUGAACUGUACAUGCCAUUUUAUGCAACUAUAUCCGUUUAUAUCUCUAUGCCUGACCUUGAUUACUUUGUGAUAACAGAUUCCUCCAGACCAGAGGAGUUCUGGUGACGUGUUAGCUUGUGUUAACUCUCUGUGUCCGUACAGAAGUGCAGCUCUGGCUUCUACAGAGAAUGGACUGGAGCGUCCCGGGGUCAGUGUGUCGCCUGCAGCUGCAACGGACUCUCCAAUGAGUGUGAUGAGCAUACAGGGAACUGUGUGGUUGGUGGUCACUCACACACACACACACACACACACACGAACACACACACACACACACACACUCACACUCACACACACACACACACACACACACGAACACACACACACACACACACACACACACACACACACACACACACACACACACACACACACACACACACACACACACACACUCACACUCACACUCACACUCACACUCACACACACACACACUCACACUCACACACACACACACACCAAGACAGUGGCACAUGUUCAUUUGUUGAUUGACAGCUAGUUGUGGCAUGUUGUUCGUGUUGUGUCUCAUCCAACUAACCUCCAGAACUGUCAGUUCAACACCAUUGGUGACAGCUGUGAGCGGUGUGAAGUGGGUUACCACGGAAACGCAGCCAACAGGACCUGCCGUGCCUGUCCGUGUCCCCUCACAUGGAACAAGUCAGUCUCUUCUUAUUAACAGCUCUGAUGUUUUUUCUACCGGAUCAGUUUGAACAUCUUAUUUGUUGUGGCUCAGUUUCGCUCUGGCCUGUCGGGACGUCGGCUCGGGAGAAGUUGACUGCUUGUGUAAACGUGGUUACACCGGAGACAGAUGUGAGAGGUUUGUUUGCUGCUCAGUGAGCGACACACACAACCAACCAUGUACAUUAUUUACAUUUCAGCGUUAUUGUCAUCACGUGCAUCCUUACCCCUGUUGUCCACUGCUCAACGACACACACAUUAUUUUAGUAAGUAGGUCUGUCACUAAAAGUACAAAAGUUUAAAAGCAGCUUUUUCCUUCUCAUUUGUCGUCUCUUUAAGAUGUGCACAUGGUUACUGUGGCAACCCAAUGGUGCAGGGAGGCAGCUGCAAGCCCUGCAACUGGAGGGACAGCAUCUUGAACAUGUGUGACUCUAUAAAUGCAGGUUGUGACAGCUGCUCCUAUUCUUUACUGAUGGACUUGGACAAGAAGGACAAUGAUCUGGCUUGGCUGACGCAGCAGCUGCAGAGCAUCAGUCUUGACUCUGGUUCACACACGCUGAACAUCUGGGAGGCUAACGUCUAUGAAUCCAAGAUCCUGGUUGGGAGCUACAGCGCUGCUGUGAGACACCUGGACCCAAAGGUCAAACAGCUGGAAGAAGAUAUGAAUGUUGUUGGAGAGGACUUGAGUCACUUGAUUGACGAGACUCUUCAAACUGAGUCACAUCUGGAGAAGGUUUUGCAGAAUGUGAAUGGAGCCAUAUUGGAGGCAGAUGAUGAAGCUGCAUCUCUCCUCACAGUAAUACGAGAUUUGACAAAGCAGCUGUCCGAGGUGAAACCCGGAGGAUCCAUCACUCUCUCAGAGAACGACAAAGUCAGGAUGAUGGAGGAGGCUCAGCGCAUGGUGCAGGAAGUGAGAGAGAGAGGCUGCACUGCUCAGAGAGCGAGCGAGCAGGAGGAGGCACGCAACUUGUUGAACCUAAUCAGGGACAACAUGGCGGUUCCUAUGGAAACCGUCCCGCCUGUCCUGAGCCAGACCUCGGACUCUCUGAUGUCCUCGGACUCUGCCCUGAGAGAUCUGUCCGGGCUGCUGUCAGAGGCGGAGGACAGAGUGGACAGGACACCUGGCCUCAACCUGAAGAGUCACGCCUCCCUACAACAUCUGCAGCAUCUUCAGACUCAGAUGGAGAGAGCGCGAGACACGCUCCUUCCUGCGACUGUAAUGACAAAACAUCUGUUGAAAAAUGUCACCGACACCUUCUUAAUGCUGGAGGAGAUUAAAAAAGUAAGCUGGCGUCUUUCACCACCGCGACUCCACGGGACGAGUUUUGAAACCGCGCAAACUGAGUUUAGUGUGUGUGAAUUGCAGGAGUUUGAGAAUCAUGCAGCUCCAGUAGAUGGCGCCAGACAGGAAGUCUUUAGGAAGCUUAAUAUGAUCCUCCACAUCAGGGCCAAGGUGGAUCUAGUAACCAAGGCUGAGGAGCGUGCACAGCAGCUUCACACAGCUGCAGCAGGAUUUCAACAAGCGCGUCAUGACGCUACCAACAGCACUGAGCGGCUCCGCGUGCCGCAUCAAGGAGCUUAUAACAACAUCAUCAGUGUCAUAGAUGAGACGGAGAUGGCAGCAGAUCAGUCCAGAGAGGCUGCUGAAGGAGCCUUAAAGGAUGUGAAGGAGGGAGGUGAGGUCAACAGGGCUGAAGGACUCAAAGAUAAUUCAACUCAUGUACAAGCAGAAGCCAACAACACUCAGAAGGACCUGGAAACGCUUUCACAUACAGUGAACACCAGCAAAGGACGCGUCGAGGAGCAGAAGGGAAAAAGAGAAUUGCUGAGAACGGUCAUCUCAGCCGUCAGCGAUGACCUCAAAACCAUCAGAGGAGACGACACAAAAGUCCUGAUAGAGUCUGUGAAAACAGCUGCCACGGCGUCGAACUCCACCGUCAGAAACAUAACAGAGAGACUGAGGAACAUCAGCCAGGAAGUGGAAAGAAUAACGUCGCCCAGUGUCGUUGUGAACAUGGAGGAUAAGUUGACUGAUGCAGAACGGGCAUUGGAGAACUUGAACGCAUCUCUUCCCGUGUUGACGAACACCCUCAGUGACGUUGAGGCGCUCAUCAGGAAGGCACCCCCUAGUGCCAACAUGACAGAAAGCAUCAGGAGAAUCAGGGACUUGAUAGAGGAGACGAGAAACUUUGUCAACAGGCUCUCCAUUGCCACCACGUUCAGCGGAAAAGGUCAUGUUGAGCUUCGUCCUCCGGAAAACCUGGAGGACAUUAAAGCGUUUACAGCCGUCGAUCUGCUUCUCAAUCACCGUGGAAACAAUCCCUCCAAAGCCGACCGCAGACGAAGGCGACGGCAAGACAAACGCAGAGAUGUCAACCUCUUCGUUUUCUACUUGGGCAACAAGGACGCGUCCGGAGACUACAUCGGGAUGGCGAUCAGACACAGUGUGUUGAUUUGUGUCUACAAGUUGGGUGGAGUCGUCCAUCAGGUGGAAACCAGCCAAAUAACAACAAGCACCAACGUGAACUCGUCAGACUUUGACAGGGUCGUCUUUCACAGAGUUUACCAAGACGCCGAAGUGAACAUCACCAAGAACUUCACAUCACAGAUGCCCGUCAGUCUCGCUCCUAAUUAUAACCUUCCAAACACCACGACCGGCGUCCUCGACCUGGAUGUAAACAGUGUUGUUGUCUACGUGGGCGGCUAUCCUGACGACUUCACGCCUCCGCUGGAGCUGCGUUACGCCAAAUACAGAGGAGCAAUGAAACUCUCCUACAUCAAUGACAAUCCUGUUUGCCUGUUCAACUACAAACACGCAGUCAACAUGGAUGCAAAGCAGCCUCAUAUUAAGAUUCCCCAGUCAGAGGUGUCUGAUUACUACAACGGGGCAGGUUACCGCCUGGCGUUCAUUAAGGAGCCGGACAAGAAAACGAGAAGAUUGUUCAGAUUUCACACAAACAGCAGAGAGGCUGACGCCUUGUUAUUCUACAUUGGAGAUGAAGAGUCUUUUUUCUGGCUGCAUGUGGAAAGAGGUUUCCUGGUGCUUCAGGGACGACAAGACGGUCGAGAGCUGCGAGCUCAGACGGCUGAAAAAGUGUCUCUCAUCGACAAAUCCUUUGCGAUCACGACUGCAGACCGGUUUAUUGUGCAGUACGGACGGCAGCAAAUCUCCACAGCUCACAUUCCUACAAACUACAGGAGUUAUUACGUGGGGGGUCUCCCAGCACGGCUCAGGCAGAGGCACAACAUCACAGCUCCACCGCUGAGAGGAUGUGUGGAUCACCUGACAGCAGACGGGGAGAUCGUGGAGUACAACAGGACGCUGGGUGUCAGUGAUGGAUGUCCCGUCCCACUACUGGGUGUCCGUGCAGCUCCGUUGUCCUCGGCUCUGUCCAUCGAUUCCCUGUUUGUUGAGGAUGAACGGCCGGUCAGAGUCUCUCUGGGCUUCAGGUCCUCGGACAGACACGGUGUUCUGCUCAGCGCCAGCUCUCAGGACCUUCGGCUGUCCCUGGCUGACGGCUGUGUCGUAUUCAGCAGCAGUGAUUUUACCUUGAAGUCUGAUAAAAGAUACAGCGAUGGCAGCUGGCACUACCUGUCUGCAGUGAAGAGGCCCACAGGGUUGGAGCUCAGCAUUGAUAAUGUGAAAGUGAUUCAGGGACAAUCACAUCACGUCAGGCCAGAGCAUCAAAACUCGCCUGGAGAGAAAUUCAAAGCCUGGAUCUCCAACCUUUAUACAAGGAGACCGGAGCUGAGCUUUAUUCCUGUUGAUCUGAGCUCAUUCUCACUAACGGGAGACACAGUUCUUGGCCCGUCCGGUCUCCGAGCACCACAAGAGCAUCAGAGUCACAAACCUGUUCAGCCUCCUGCACGCAUCCCGUGUGGAAACAGAGGAGCGCACCGUGGUGAACACCAGCUCUACGACGAAGACAGCUGGCUCAGUUACACCCUGCCACAACACGACCUUAAUUACAGGCCUCACUUCUCUCUCGACGUUAAGACCGAGUCGUCCAAGGGGCUGAUCCUGCAGGUGGCGGGGAGGGGCGUCGUACCCCUGCUGGCACUGUUCAUGGCCAACGGCAAGAUCAAGAUGUCGCUGGGACAAAACAGAAUCAUCCAGCACAGGCAGAAGAGUAACGACGGGACCUGGCACAGAGUUGAGCUCAGUGUGGAGAAAAGCACUUUUCAUCUGCUGGUUGAUGGAUUCCGUGUGACUGAUGGUCACUUACCCGACAAUGAGGGAUCAUCUCUGGACCUGCUCACCCCCGUGCACCUGGGAGUUGAUCCCACAGGCAGAACCAUCAAGGAACUUAACGUUCCCAUGAACAGCAUUACCGGCUGUAUUCGGGAUUUCAAAGUGAAUAAUAUGGCUGUGGGGGAACCGCAGAGGAGCCACAAAACUCUACCGUGUCCCGACAGUCUCACAGAAUUGGGGACGUACUUUGGCGGGGGUCACAUUGUCUUAGAUAAUUACUUCAGUGUUGGCUCCCACUUUGUGUUGUCCUUCGAGCUGCGUCCUCAGUACCGGUCAGGUCUUCUCUUCCAUGUUGGAAGUGACAAGGCCGGCCUUGAUGUGUUCUUAAUGGAAAACAAGGUGGGUGUUAAAGUGGAUAACGGCAGCGGCGCUGUCAGUGUCUCUGUGACGCCUCGUGGAAGCCUGUGUGAUGGAAAGUUUCACAUGGUUACAGUGUCCAAACAACAUGAAGUUAUCAAACUAGUGGUGGACUCCGUGUCUGAGCAGAAGGCCGUCCCCUUCGCGUCCGUGUCACACUCACAGGAUUCACUUUACAUCGGAGGGACAACGAAGUCCAGACAUGUCCCCGUGUCCUCACCCUUUGUGGGCUGCCUGCGAAACAUUAAGGUUAAUGACUGGCCUGUUGCAUCUGAGACACAACCCAGGGUGGUUGAUCCCGUGAGCAUCGAUGGAUGCCCCAAACACUGAUGACGUCAAACCCACAAAACCCACAUUCGAAAUUCUGUUGCCACGUCAGGCAAGAAGUCACCAGCUGAUGUGGAAGUGUCCAUGAGGGAGACAGAACUAAAGUAAAAACAUUGUUCUUGUAUUAGAGUAGAACUAGUUAGUAGUAGUGUGUAGUACUAGUAUGAUAAGAGAAAUGUUAAGAAGGUGUUUGUUUUGCUAUUGCUACAUAGCUAACGUUAGCAUUAACAGACUGUUUACUUACCAGUCUAGAAGCUUCAAACUUCAUUCCUUUACUCACCAACAUCUGUAUCCAGAGGUGGAAACAAACACCCAAGUAAGAAAGCUAUGAGAUACAAUAUAAUAGAUUUAAAAAGCUAUAACAACAUUAGCAAACAAGAGAGAGAGACUGAAUAAAAUACACUUCAGAUCAUGAUUGCAACAAUAAAAGUGACUAAUGACUGAAAACCAUAUUUCAUUAAAAGCCGAGCUGAAGAAAAACCACCAGGA